AUGACAAUUUCAAACAAAAAUAAAAUAAGAAUAAAGCUUAAAGGAUAUGAUCAUCACUUAUUAACUAAAUCUUGUAAUACAAUUAUAAAUACAGCUAAUAGAACAAAAGUAAAAACGAUAGGUCCUAUACCUUUACCUACUAAACGUAAAAUUUAUUGCGUUCUUCGUUCUCCACAUGUAGAUAAAGACUCAAGAGAACAUUUUGAAAUAAGAUCACAUAGUAGAAUUAUAGAUAUAUACGAACCUAUAUCACAAACAAUUGAUGCUUUAAUGAAGCUUAACAUACCGCCUGGUGUAGAUAUCGAAGUAAAACUAUACUAA